AUGGGUGUCACCUUCGACAAGUGCGAGACCCGCCCGGCCAACAUUGACGCCAUCCUCAAUGGCCUCGACCGCUACAACCCCGAGACCACCACUGUCUUCCAGGACUAUGUCGCCCAGCAGUGCGAGGACCGCACCUUCGACUGCUACGCCAACCUGGCCUUGCUGAAGCUGUACCAGUUUAACCCCCACCUUCUCCAGGCGGAGACCGUCACCAACGUCCUCGUCAAGGCCCUGACUGUCUUUCCCUCUCCCGCUUUCUCCCUCUGCCUUGCUCUCCUCCCCGCCCACACUCAGCCCUUCCAGGCCUCCGACGCUGAGGCCCAGGCCGCCGCCCAGACCUCCGACUUCGUCGAGUCGAUCCAGAAGCUCGCCCGUCUCUCCACCCUCCUUGAGUCUGCUCAGUACACCCAGUUCUGGUCCACCCUGAACUCGGACGACCUGUACGCCGACCUUGUUGCCGACGUUGCCGGCUUCGAGGAGCUCGUGCGCAUCCGCAUUGCCGUCGAGGUCGGCAAGACCUUCCGUGAGAUCCCUGCCGAGGUUCUGGAGCAGUGGCUCGACCUGCGCAGCCGCGAGGCUCUCGAGAAGUUCGUCGCCGAGGUCUGCAGCUGGGAGGUUGACAAGUCUGGCGCCAACACCGUGAUCAAGGUGCCCACCAACAAGGAGAACGAGGCCCGCAGCGAGGUCAAGAGCGAGCGUGUCGGUGUUGACAUGUUCGGCCGUGUCAUUCGCCGGGGUUUCGAGCAGGCUGCAUGA